AUGAACAAACUAGAAAAAAGAGCCGUUAUUAAAUACUUAGUAAAAAAAGGCUUAACAGCCACAGAAAUCUUCGAAGACAUAAAAAAAGUAUUAGAAGAAGAUUCGCUUUCUUAUGCCACUAUUAAAAGAUGGGUAUCUGAAUUCAAACAUGGAAAAACAAGCUUAGAAGAUGAUCCACGCAGUGGUCGCCCUAAAAUUGCAACAACCAAAGAAAUCAUUGAAAAAGUCCACGAAAUGAUAAUGAAUGACAGAAGAUUAACAGUCUCGGAGAUAGCUGAGAAGAUGGAAAUUUCUGAAGAACGAACAUAUCAUAUAAUAACUGAAGAAUUAGAAAUGAAAAAAAUGUUCGCAAUAUGGGUGCCGAAUUCACUGACAAUUGAUCAAAAACGCACCAGAGUUCAAAUUUCAAAAGAAUGUUUGAAUCUUUUUUUGAAAGAUAAAAGAGAUUUCAUGAGAAGAUUUACAACUACGAAUGAAACGUGGAUUCUCUACAACAAUCCUGAGUUAAAAGAACAGUCAAAAGAAUGGAAAAACCCUAAUUCUCCACCUCCGAAGAAGGUUAAGUCAAUGUUUCCAAGCAAUAAAGUUAUGGCUUCAAUUUUUUGGGAUUGCAAAGGGAUUCUACUUAUAGAUUACCUUCCAAACGGUCAAACAAUAACUGGAAAAUAUUAUUCUAAUCUUUUAGACCAAUUGGAUGAAAAAAUUCGUGAAAAAAGACCUGGAUUAAACAAAAAAAAGAUUAUUUUUCACCAGGACAAUGCGCGUGCUCAUACUUGCUUAACUUCAUUAUCAAAAAUCUCAAGUUUAAACUAUGAAUUAUUGCCACAUCCACUCUAUUCUCCAGAUUUAGCUUCAUCUGACUUUUUUUUGUUUUCUAAAUUAAAAAAAUUUUUAAGUGGAAAGUGA